GUGCAGCAAGGCGGGGCAGCGCAGAGUCGCGACGCGGCCGCCUGGGUCUUUUGCGCAGUGGAUGAAAGGUCAGGAAGCUCAGAGAGAACAUAAGAUGAAGAAGGGGGAGUACAGCGAUUGGCGGGCCGCCAAAUCCGAGGAGUUCCGAGAGUUGCCCCAGGAGUUGAAACAGUUAGCGGUAGAGAAGGCCGCCGACGCAUUCGCGCAGAAGCGCCUGGUUCACUUGGACGACUCGCCUGAGCAGAACGCCGUCGACGCUGCCAUUCAGGCUGAGCGAGACACCGUCUUGAGGACCGUGCUGUCCAUCGUGGGCGAUACGCGCUGCCCAUUUCAG